CGACGACUGACUUGCUCGAGGCGGCUGACAUAAUAGUACUGUCUAGUUCCGCAGCUGAUCGAUAAACUGCGUGGCGCUACUCGCGGCGGCAAUUUGAAAUAACUUGCAUUCAAACAACAGUUAAUAUAGGCAAGCAGGUAAAAUGUAUAAUGCUUUGAAUAUAAAUAUUGGGAUUCUUGGUCAUGUCGAUUCUGGUAAAACAAGUUUGGCUAAAUGUUUAUCUACAAUAUCAAGCACUGCUGCUUUUGAUAAAAACCCACAAUCUCAAGAAAGAGGAAUAACAUUGGAUCUUGGAUUUAGCAGUUUUACUGUUCCUAUGUUGGAGCAUUUGAAAAAUGCUACAGAUAAAGAUAUUCUACAAUAUACUUUAGUUGAUUGCCCUGGACAUGCAAGUUUAAUCCGUACUAUUAUUGGCGGCGCUCAAAUUAUUGAUAUGAUGUUAUUAGUUAUUGAUGUGACUAAAGGUAUUCAGACUCAGACAGCAGAAUGUAUUGUAAUUGGAGAGAUAACAUGUAAAAAGUUUAUUGUGGUUUUUAACAAAGUGGAUUUGCUUGAAGAAGAAAAAAGAGAGCAAUUAAUCAAUAAGAUGAAACUUAAGGUAUCUAAAGUUUUGUCUACUACAGUAUUAGGCAACCAAGAAAUCCCAAUUGUAGCUACUUCGGUAAAUAAUGACAAAAAUUUCAUUGGAUUGGAUGAGUUGAUUAAUACAAUAGGGAAAUUAUCAUUUAUCCCUGAAAGAAAAAAGGAUGAUUUGUUCCAGUUUGCUGUUGAUCAUUGCUUUGCAAUUAAAGGGCAAGGAACUGUUAUGACUGGUACCAUUCUUCAAGGAUCAGUUAAACUAAAUGAUGCUAUUGAUAUUCCGACAUUGGGGAUUACAAAGAAAGUAAAAUCAAUGCAAAUGUUCAGGAAACCUGUGCAAGAAGCUCACCAAGGAGAUCGCCUAGGAAUAUGCGUCACACAAUUCGAUCCUAAGUUAUUAGAACGUGGCAUUGUUUGUUCACCAGGACUUGGAUCAUUUGUAGAUUAUGCUAUUAUCGAUGCAAAUAUUAUUAAAUAUUUUAAACACUCAAUUGAAAGCAAAGCUAAGUUUCAUAUAACUAUUGGCUAUGCAACUGUAUUAGCACAAAUAACUAUUUUCAAACGCAAUGGGGAUGAUAUUGCAUUUGAUAUAGAAGAUAAGUAUCAAUUUGUAGAAAGUAUUGAACUUGAUGGUUUUGACGACGUAAAAUAUGAUAAGUAUUUUGUGUUAUUACAUUUCGAGUCACCUAUCUAUGCAAUUAAUAAUUCUAUUGUGAUCGCAUCAAAAUUAGAUAUGGAUAUUCAUAAGAAUACUUGUCGCCUUGCCUUUUGGGGUCGUUUGCUUCAUUAUUCAAAAGAAAAAGACUUUCUGAAUAAUGUACAUAUAUACAAUUACAAACAAAAAACAGGAAUAAUAGAUCGCAUUGUAGAUGGUUACAACAUAAUCGUCAAAAAUAUGUUUAAAAAAGAAACUGAUUUGGCCAAAUUUGUGAAUAUGAAUGUUCAAUUAGAUAACGGUGAUAUCGGAAAAAUCGAAAGUGCGUUUGGCCAGAGUGGAAAAGUUAAAGUAUACAUAUCACAAGGAAUAAACAGUAAUGAUUUACAAUCGCUAAAAAAUUCAAAUGUAAUACUAACAUUUAAGAAAUACCUGUUCACUGGUAGCAAUAAACUUUCGCAGUAGUUUUA